UGCGACAGUUCCGGCGGCAGUUUGUUUUGGUGGAUGAAUGAGAGACUCACCGUUGCAUUUUCAUCAUUUUAAUAAAUUCAAGGUGAAUUAACAUGAUUCACGAGCUGCUGCUGGCGUUGAGUGGAUAUCCGGGGACGAUUUUCACGUGGAAUAAACGAACAGGUUUGCAGGUGUCCCAGGACCUUCCCUUCCUUCACCCCAGUGAGACCAGUGUCCUCAACCGGCUCUCUAAACUGGGCUCAGAUUACAUACGCUUUACGGAGUUCAUAGAACAACACAUCGGCCAUGUGCACCAACAAGAACAUCACACGAACCAGCCCAACCAGACGGGACUUCAUGGAAUUUACUUGCGGGCUUUCUGCACAGGGCUAGACUCUGUGCUGCAGCCGUACAGACAGGCCCUGCUGGACCUUGAACAAGAGUUCCUCGGAGAUCCACAUUUGACAAUAUCUCAUGUGAAUUACAAGCUUGAUCAGUUCCAGUUGCUGUUUCCUUCUGUGAUGGUGGUGGUAGAGACUAUAAAAUCACAGAAGAUCCAUGGCUGUCAGAUACUGGAGACGGUGUACAAGCAUAGUUGUGGGGGGCUUCCUCCCGUACGCAUGGCCUUAGAAAAGAUUCUUGCUGUGUGCCAUGGUGUGAUGUACAAGCAGCUAGCAGCUUGGAUGCUGCACGGAUUGCUGCUGGACCAAAGCGAGGAGUUUUUCGUGAAGCAGGGGCCCAGUGCAGGAGGAGCUGCUGCCAACCAGGAGGAGGAGGAGGAGGACCUGGGGCUGGGAGGCUUGAGCGGGAAACAGCUCAGAGAACUUCAGGACCUGAGGCUGAUCGAGGAGGAGAACAUGCUGGCUCCGUCUUUGCAGCAGUUCUCGCUGCGAACAGAGAUGCUGCCUUCUUACAUUCCCAUCCGAGUGGCUGAGAAGAUCCUCUUUGUUGGAGAAUCCGUCCAGAUGUUUGAAAACCACAACCACAGCCCAUCUAGAGCUGGCUCCAUACUGAAGCACCAGGAGGACAUGUUUGCUGCUGAGCUGCACAGACUCAAACAGCAACCGCUUUUCAGCCUGGUGGAUUUUGAAAAUUUGAUUGAUCGCAUCAGGAGCACAGUGGCAGAGCAUCUCUGGACGUUGAUGGUGGAGGAGUCAGAUCUGCUCGAACAGCUCAAGAUUAUUAAGGACUUCUACUUGCUGGGUCGUGGCGAGCUCUACCAGGUUUUUAUUGACCUUGCGCAGCACAUGCUGAAGACACCUCCAACAGCCGUCACUGAGCACGAUGUAAAUGUGGCCUUUCAGCAGGCUGCUCAUAAGGUGCUCCUGGACGACGACAACCUCCUGCCUCUGCUGCACCUCACUGUAGACUACCAGGGCAAAGAUAGCAAAGAGGCAACAGGCCCCAGAGAUGGAGCCACUCCUCCACAAGACACCUCCCCUCGUGAGGUCCCUCCCACAGGUUGGGCGGCUCUCGGCCUCAUCUACAAGGUUCAGUGGCCGCUGCACAUCCUCUUCACUCCUGCUGUCUUGGAGAAGUACAACGUUGUGUUCAGGUACCUGCUGAGUGUGCGGCGGGUGCAGUCGCAGCUGCAGCACUGCUGGGCUCUACAGAUGCAGAGGAAACACCUCAAGUCCAGCCAGACAGACGCUGUUAAGUGGAGACUACGCAACCACAUGGCGUUCUUGAUCGACAACCUGCAGUACUAUUUGCAGGUGGAUGUGCUGGAGUCUCAGUUCUCUCAGCUGCUUCAGCUGAUCAACUCCACCAGAGACUUUGAGAGCAUCAGACUGGCCCACGACCACUUCCUCAGUAACCUGCUCGCCCAGUCCUUCAUCCUCCUGAAGCCGGUAUUCCACUGUCUGAACGAGAUCCUCGAGCUGUGUCAUAACUUCUGCUCACUGGUCAGUCAGAGUGUGGUGUCACUGGACGAGAGGGGAACUGCUCAGCUUGAUAUCCUGGUCAAGGGCUUUAGACGCCAGUCCUCCUUACUGUUUAAAAUCCUUUCGAGCGUGAGGAACCAUCAGAUAAACUCUGAUCUGGCUCAGCUGUUACUGCGACUGGACUACAACAAAUACUACACGCAGGCUGGAGGCACCUUGGGCAGUGUUUAAGAAGAGCACAACGGAUUAAGAUUUGGAGAUAUGUCCAUCUAUGCUAAACUCUCACACCGAACAGAAGAAACUCACAUCAGUCUUGUCCUUUGCUUUUGCCUCAACCAAAAUACUGUUAGUGUGGCACGCCUGUUAAAAUGAUCUUUUAAAGGGUUAGUUCACCCAAAUUAUACAGUCAGUUUCCUCAUUCACCUCUGGUGGUAUCAAGCUAUGCAGAUAGUUUUUGGUGUUUUGUUUGUGGCGCUCACAGCACUGAAAAAUCACACUAUUUCUUUGGUAGAAAGUAGUUCCAGUGACAGCUUUUCAGUGAGGUCUGUGGAUUAUCCACAAUAAUCAGAAGAAGUGAAGUUUCCUAUAAAAAGCCUAGCUUGAUUGAGCCUUACAAACUGAACCAUCCUUGAGCUGUUGCAUAAAAUUCAACUUUGAGCUAAUCAGACUAAUUCAAGCCUGGUUUUGAAACUGUGUAUAUAUUUAACUAAAGGAAUAGUACGACAUUUUGGAAAAUGCGCUUAUUCGCUUUCUUGCUGAGCGAAAGAUGUAAAGAUCGAUACCACUCUCAUAUCUGUCUUUUAAAGCUACUGAGGUCAAAACUUCAGAAACGCUUAAGUAUAAAGACUUUAUCGUCAGACCAAUGCGUUUCGGCUUGUGGCCCUCAUCAGAGCUACAGCCAGGAGACGGUUGGCUUAGCGUAGCAUUAACACCUUUGGACAUAGCCAGCCAGGCUAGCUGUUUCCAGUCUUUAUGCUAAGCUAAGCUAACCAUCUCCUGGCUUAGCUUCAUAUUUAACACAUAGACAUGAGUGGUACCAAUCUUCUAAUCUCUGCAAGAAAAAAUCAGCAUGUUUCCCAAAAUGUUGAAAUAUUCUUUUAAAGUACUCAAGUAGUCGCCCGCGAUACGUUUCCAUGGUGACUCACUGUAGGUCAAACUUAUUUUAACCCGCUUUAAAACAGCCAGGAAUAACUGGUAAACGUGCUUUAUGAAACAUAUGUCAGGACAUUGUUUCUGCAAAGACAAGCUGCUGUUGAAUUUUUAAAUGAUUUUUCAAUGCUGUGAACAUUACAAACAAAUUUCAGUGACUUUCACUGUGAAAGGCUGGAAACAAAUCUCAGAGACAGAUCUCAACAGUUUAGCGCAUACAGCUGACACGCUCUACAGGGUGACAGACCACAAGAAUUAAGUGGGAAAAUGUUUUUUUGUGGUUUGGGUGAUCCAACCCUUUGGCUAUAGCUCAUUGUCCUUGUAUAAACUGUAAAUAUUAAAACCUUGUAUGUACCAUUGUCUGUGGAGAAAAUAAACUUAUAUCAAUUAAAAUGAAA